GAGCCUGGUUCUGGGCGGGCGGAGAGCUUGAGCCCACUAGGAAUGGCAGCCCCAUCUAUGAAAGAAAGGCAGGCUUGCUGGGGAGCCCGGGAUGAGUACUGGAAGUGUUCAGAUGAGAACACAGAGGACGCUUCUCAGUGCAAGAAGUUAAGAAGCUCAUUUGAAUCAAGUUGUCCCCAACAGUGGAUAAUCGAUCAGCUGAGGUGGUUUUACCUUAAUAUUCGUUUAAAAAGAGCAGAAUAUUAA